GGGCUCGGGCGGCGAGGGCGCGGCGCCUUUGUUGCGGCCUCCCGGGGCCGGCGGCCGCCGCGGGCCGAGGAUGGAGGCCCCGCACGACGGCGCCGCGGACAUAGCGCCCCUGGACCGCUACGACUCGGCGCGGGCCAAGAUUGCCGCCAACCUGCAGUGGAUCUGCGCCAAGGCCUACGGCAUAGACAACAUCCCUGAGGACCUCCAGGACCCUUUCUAUGUGGACCAGUAUGAGCAGGAGCACAUCAAGCCCCCAGUCCUGCGACUCCUGCUGUCCAGUGAGCUGUACUGCCGCGUCUGCAGCCUCAUCCUGAAAGGGGACCAGGCGGCCUCCCUGCAGGGACACCAGUCAGUCAUCCAGGCCCUGUCCCGGAAAGGAAUUUAUGUGAUGGAGAGCGAUGACACCCCAGUGACAGACCCCGACCUCAGCCACGUGCCCAUCAAGAUGAGUGCCCACAUGGCCAUGGUGGAUGCCCUCAUGAUGGCCUACACCGUGGAGAUGAUCAGCAUCGAGAAGGUGGUGGCAAGUGUCAAGCGCUUCUCCACAUUCAGCGCCUCCAAAGAGCUUCCGUACGACUUGGAGGAUGCCAUGGUGUUCUGGAUCAACAAGGUAAACCUGAAGAUGCGAGAGCUAACGGAGAAAGAAGUGAAGCUAAAGCAGCAGUUAGUGGACAGUCCAGCUCAUCAGAAGCAGUCUCCCUCCAAGUGGUACUGGAAGUUGGUGCCUGUGCGCUACCGCCGGGAGCCCCUGUCCACCAGGCAGCCGCCCCACUUCCCGCUGCUGGAUGACCUGUUGCGGGAUGGCUGCGACGGCGCCGCGCUCCUGGCUGUGAUCCACUACUACUGCCCUGAGCAGAUGAAGCUGGACGAUAUUUGCUUGAAGGAGGUCACGUCAAUGGCCGACAGCCUGUAUAACAUUCGGCUUUUGAGAGAAUUCUCCAAUGAGUAUCUGAACAAGUGCUUUUACCUCACCUUAGAAGACAUGCUGUAUGCACCCCCGGUAUUGAAGCCGAACAUCAUGGUUUUUAUCGCUGAGCUCUUCUGGUGGUUUGAAAACGUCAGGCCAGAUUUCGUUCAACCCCGGGACGUUCAGGAACUGAAGGAUGCCAAGGCAGCGCCACACCCAAAGAGCAGCCGGCCCCCGGUCCCCAUCUCCAACGCCACCAGGCGCAGCUUCCUGGGCAGCCCUGCAGACCUGCGGUCCCCCGCCCAGCCACCGCCUGAAGGGGCUCACAGGCACGGCCUGCACCCCGACGACCCCGAGCACCUCGGGAAGGGAGCAGCUGCCUGUGGCCCCUCACAUCCCCUCCUCCCUCUGAGGCAGAAGCAGCAGAAGCCGGUCCCAGGAGCAGAGGACUCCCCUGAUCCACGGCAUCGGACCAGUUCUCUGACCCGUGUGGACAGUCAGCCGCGAGGGGCGGUGACAGUGACGGCGUGGGCAGAGAGAAGAAGCAGGCCCACGUCACAGCCUGCGCCCUUUGCCCUCCACCACACUGCUAGCUGCGACAUCGACCCUGGCUCUGGGGACAGCAUCAGCUUGGCCCGCUCCAUCAGCAAGGACAGCCUGGCGUCCAAUGUCACGAAUGUGACCCCUCAGAACCAACCACAGCCCCCUGCCCUCAGACCCAAUGGGAAGAGCCUGCUGAACAAUGUCGACAUCGAGGACGAGGACGAGGAGCUGGUGGCCAUCAUUAGAACAGACCCGGGGCCCCAGGGUGGGGACCAGGGCCUGGCAGCCAGUGCUGGCUCCCCCCACAGACCGGCAGGCACCCUCGAAAGUAAGCCUGAGAGUUUCUUCCUGGAGCCCUUGAUGCCGGCUGUGCUCAGGCCGGCCAAGGAGAAGCAGACGGUCACCAAAGAGGACGAGUGCGGGGAGGGCAGACCGAGGGGCUUCCUGCCCAGGAGAUCCAGCGAGGACCGCCAACCCCUGGGCAGGAAGAGAGCACCUGGGGCUCCCCUCAGCCGCGACCCAAACAGGACUUUCACCCCCAUCUCGUCUGCAGAACUUCCUGCAGGCUCAGCCCCCGUGGAGGCGGGGCUGCAGGCGGAGGUGGCCCCCGGUGGGCCUGUGUCCAGUGGCGGCCUCGACCCGUCGACUCUGGGCCAGUCUGCGGACGGCUUCUUUCUUCAUGUGGCCGAAGCCAGCACCCCCACUGGCCGCUCCAGGAGUCCCCGCCUGCACAGCCCAGAGACCUGGACCCUCCUGCGGCAGGAUUCCGACUCGGACGCGGCCGAGCUGGAGGAAGCUGGGCACAAUGUGGGGGGAGAGGACCACCCUGCGGGGAUCUUAAGGUAUGGCGGCGAGGAGGAGUCGGCCAAACUGCAGGAGGACCUGAAGGUGAAGGAGCAUGAGGACAAGGACGACGCCAGUGGCCGCUCCAGCCCCUGCCUGAGCACCGUCUCUCAGCUCAGCAGUGUCUCCGUGGCCAGCGGCAGCGUGAAGAUGACCAGCUUCGCCGAGCGCAAGCUUCAGAGGCUCAACAGCUCCGAGACCAAGUCCAGCACCAGCAGCUCCCAGAAGACCACACCCGAUGCCUCAGAGAGCUGCCCGGUGCCCCUGACCACAUGGAAGCAGCGUCGGGAGCAGAGCCCGAACCGGCAGAGCAGGGACCACGCCAGCCUGCUGGCCUCAGAGCUGGUGCAGCUGCACAUGCAGCUGGAGGACAAGCGCAGGGCCAUCGAGGCGCAGAAGAAGAAGAUGGAGGCUCUGUCCGCCCGGCAGCGCCUCCAGCUGGGCAAGGCCGCCUUCCUGCACGUGGUCAAGAAAGGGAAGGCCGACGGCGCCCCGCAGCCCCUCAAACCCGAGCCCCUGUCUCCGGGGUACUCGCAGCACGAUGCACAGGACCUGCAUGGGGGUGUCUGCAAGGUGGAAGCCGCGCUUCUGGAGCCCGGGGACGUGGACAGAGACGGCCUGCCCGUGGGGCCGCAGCGGCAGCUGGAGAAGAGCAAGGUGCUCCUGGAGGCGGGCGAGGGCCUGGACGUGGGCGAGUGCGACCUGUCCAUCGAGAAGCUGAACGAGACCAUCAGCACGCUGCAGCAGGCCAUCCUGAAGAUCUCGCAGCAGCAGGAGCAGCUCCUCAUGAAGCCGCCUGCCCUGCCCGCGCCGGGCGCCCAGGACCAGAAGGGCAAGGCGGCCAUCCACUUCGUGGAGCCGCUCUCCCCCACAGGGACGACGGCUCCCCGCAAAGCCGCUCGGGGGGGACAGGGCCGGAAUGGCCGCUCGGGACGGCCAGCAGAACUGAAGGGCCUCAAAGACCGGCAGCCAGGCUCCUCCCGCAGCAAGACCCCAACGCCCGGCCUGGACAACACCCUCUCGCAGGGCCGGGCCUUCCUCCCAGGUGGCCACCCCCAGAAAUCCCCCGGGCCCGGCGACCCUCCCGAGAAGGGCUUCUUGGAGAGCCACCGGCUGCAUGACGAGAACAACCAGAGGACCUUCGCCUUCUGCAAAGACACGAACAUCGUCUUGGAGCAAAUGGGCUUCAAAGACGUUCUGGAUGGUAGCGUCGGGGAGGGGGUGCCGGGCUCCCCAGCGCCCCCGGGGAAGGAGAGCGCCCGUGCAGAGGAGCCCCUGCGCAGCAAGGCCAGCCUCAUCGAGGUGGACCUGUCCCACCUCAGAGCCCCUGACGAGGACGGCGAGCCCGAAGGCCCUGACAGCUCCACGUGCCUCCUGGGUGCCGGUGAUCAGAAGCCGGGAGUUGGCUUCUUCUUCAAGGAUGAACAGAAGGCGGAAGACGAGCUUGCCAAGAAGCGUGCGGCCUUCCUCCUGAAGCAGCAGCGCAAGGCCGAGGAGGCGCGUUUGCGGAAGCAGCAGCUGGAGGCGGAGGUGGAACUCAAGAGAGACGAGGCCCGGCGUAAAGCUGAAGAAGAUCGGAUACGGAAGGAAGAGGAGAAGGCCCGGCGGGAGCUCAUUAAGCAGGAGUACCUGCGCCGGAAGCAGCAGCAGAUUCUGGAAGAACAAGGACUGGGCAAACCCAAAUCCAAGCCCAAGAAGCCGCGGCCCAAGUCAGUGCACCGGGAAGAGUCGAGCAGCGACCCGGGAACCAAGUGCACCUCCACCCCUGACAACUUGAGCCGGGCCCAGUCGGGCUCCAGCCUGUCCUUGGCUUCUGCCGCCACGACGGAACCCGAGAGCGUGCACUCUGGAGGCGCCCCAUCCCAGCGCGUCGAGUCCCUGGAGGCCUUGCCUGUGCUGAGCCGCAACCCCAGCAGGAGCACCGACCGCGACUGGGAGACCGCAUCGGCCGCCUCUUCCCUCGCCUCAGUGGCCGAGUACACAGGGCCCAAGCUCUUCAAGGAGCCGAGCAGCAAGUCCAAUAAGCCCAUCAUCCACAACGCCAUAUCGCACUGCUGCCUGGCCGGGAAAGUGAACGAGCCGCACAAGAACUCCAUCCUGGAGGAGCUGGAGAAGUGUGACGCCAACCAUUACAUCAUUCUCUUCCGUGACGCUGGCUGUCAGUUCAGGGCGCUGUACUGCUACUACCCUGACACUGAAGAGAUCUACAAGCUGACAGGCACGGGGCCGAAGAGCAUCACCAAGAAAAUGAUGGACAAACUGUACAAGUACAGCUCGGACCGGAAACAGUUCAAUCUGAUCCCAGCCAAGACCAUGUCUGUCAGCGUGGAUGCACUCACCAUUCAUAACCACUUGUGGCAGCCCAAGCGGCCCUCAGUGCCAAAGAAGACACAGACUCGCAAAUGACGGCAGCCACUGACACGCCCUAUUUAUUGUCCUUCCGUUCGGGUACGAAGUGUGAAACGCAGACCUGAGAGAACCCCUCCCCUGGCGCCCACGACGGGUG